UAGACCCACCGGAGGACCCGAAUUAUCAAAUUAAAAACAGUGAGACAACAUAUAUAUUAUGAAGUGUGUCUAGAAGUCAGAUCAGUAUGUUACUGAGUCUUUAAUCAAAAAUGCUCUGCAGCAAGUUUCAUUGUUCAAAAAUGUUUCAACACGUGCUGACACGUGCAUUAAGUGUUGAAUAUCUUCCUGAGUCAGCGUUCAUCUAUGAUAAAUGAAAGAAUAUAGCUUAAUAAAACGGACAGACCAAAGACCAUGUUGUGUCGUACACACAGACAGUAUAGUCUGUUAAUAAUUUACUGCAUUUUUACUUGCAUACGGCAGUGGUUCUUGGCCUUGAUAAGUCAGAAUUCACAUUAUUGCAUGUUCUCUGAUCUACUAAGGGGAUAAUUGUAUUCCCUUUGUAUGUCAGCUGUUGGCCAGUCACUGAUUAGGCAGCUAGAAUACAAACCCACAGGACUCUGAGUAAUGAGCACGAGCACAACUGAUCAUACCUUACGUUACUUCCUGUCCUGGCACAUCAGUGACAUUCAUAAAAGUGUUACAAGACGCUGUAUUCAGAACUGGAAGAGUCACAAGUAGGUUAACAGAACAUGCACCUCUUGUUCUGAGUGCUGAUAUUCCCUUUUUUUUUAAAUUUGCUAAUGGAAUGUCACAUCAGAGCGGUCCCAAGUGACCCAGCCCAAAUACCCUCAAAUUACCCAAAUUACCCUUCAUGCUGUUGUGGCAGUCGUUUCAAAAGAAAGCAUAGCCUAAACCUAAACAUAACCCCAAGCCUGUGCACAGGGUAAUGUCUGGGUUAUAUAAGUUGUCGGUUUGAUUUGGUGCACUCCAGUGAUGAUCAUCAUGAUACUCUCCAGCUGCUGAAAAUGUCACUAACGAACAUGAAGAAACGUUGACCUGGUGGUUCUAAUUACUUGAAGAUCACACGAGCAACACCCCCCUCUUACGUCUGGUUCCAUGUUGGUCAGCUCUGCUUAUAGAACGAGGCACUUUGAAGUGGAAGCGUACGGUUAGAUGUAACGUUAAUUCUGGUGUGUGUGUUUCCACUGUGAAGAAAUAAACAGAAAAUAAGGCUUAUGUGAUCAAAAUAGUUGUAAUGUUGAUUUUGAAGCUGCAUAUUAUAUUUUCACAGAAGCUCCAUAAACCCCAUGAAGGUUUGUAACAUUGCAGGGAUACAGUAUUGAAUGCUAUCUGGAGCCAGGUGUACCUAAUAAAGUGGCCCCCCUCUCUGAGUACAGUAAGUUCUGUAAACUGCGACUCCCGUCGUUCCUUGCGUCAUUGUGUCAACAUGGCGCCUGUCUGCCGGACAAAAGGCGAAUCUGUCUGACGGUGGAUUGAAACCCAAUUAGAAACAGAGGAGACAUUUUGGGAAAACUGUCAGUGCCCGUGUGUCCUGGCGCCGCAAGACAAUAGAUAUAUGGUAAAAGCAACAUCUGUGGAGGCUCUUCGACUGGAAUAUUAAGUAUGUGCUCAGCUGGCUCAUGUCUGCAAACAGGCUCGCCUUCAUGCCACGUCUGGUCAGGAUCCCAGGCAGGAUGUUCCAGCAGUGUGAGGAGCCUCGCUUCACCAUCGAGCAGAUUGACCUCCUCCAGAGGCUGAGGAGGACAGGGAUCACACAGGCGGAGGUCCUCCACGCCCUGGACACCUUGGACCACCUGGACCGGAAACAUGGACACAAGUUGACCCAUAAAGCUUCCUACAUGCCUCCCUCAUCUUCCUUGUCUUCUUCCAGUGCCGCUCCCUCUUCCUCCAUGACUUCAACCGCCACUCAGACAAGUUUCCCUGACAACCGGCUGUCACUGUCACCUAAUAACAACUUCGACACCACCUCCCCCCCUCGGCCCAUUCCAGUAGCCUCACCUGUCGCCAUGGCAGCAGCAGCUCAGAACGGCCUAGUCGCUGUCACCAACGGGAAGCUGUCACCACCCAGGUUUCCUCUGGGUGUGGUUAGUGGCAGCGUGACAGCACCGGGCUAUGGGUUUGAGACCAGUGAGGAGGACAUAGAUGUUGAUGACAAGGUGGAGGACUUGAUGAGGCGGGACAGUUCUGUUAUCAAAGAGGAGAUUAAGUCCUUUCUGGCGAACAGGCGGAUCUCCCAGGCUGUGGUCGCUCAGGUAACGGGGAUCAGCCAGAGUCGGAUCUCUCACUGGCUCCUGCAGCAGGGAUCAGACCUCAGCGAGCAGAAGAAACGAGCCUUCUUCCGCUGGUACCAGCUGGAGAAGACCAACCCUGGUAACACCACCCUCCAUCAUCAGCCCUACAUCUGCUGCAUGACCUCCCACUCCUCCAGUGCCACUCUGGCCAUGCGAGCUGCCCCAUUGGCUCUGGACGACAUGAUGGACUGGCACCAGGCCCCACUUCCAUUCGGCUCCGGCCCUACGGGAUUCCGUCUGCGGCGAGGAAGCAGGUUCACCUGGAGGAAGGAGUGUCUAGCUGUUAUGGAGAGCUACUUCAGUGAUAACCAGUACCCUGAUGAGGCCAAGAGAGAGGAGAUUGCAACUGCCUGCAACGCUGUGAUUCAGAAACCAGGAAAGAAGCUGUCUGAUCUGGAGAGGGUAACAUCUCUGAAAGUCUACAACUGGUUUGCAAACCGCCGCAAAGACAUCAAGAGGCGUGCUAACAUUGAAGCAGCCAUCUUGGAGAGCCACGGCAUCGAGGUUCAGAGUCCAGGAGGUCAGUCCAACAGCGACGAGGUGGAUGGCAAUGACUUCCCUGACCAGGGAUGUGAGGUGUCCUUAUUUGACAAGAGAGCCUCAGCCAGGCAGUUUGGUUUCAGUCGAGCUGACCUCUCCUCUCCCACCCAGGUUCCAACACUACUCCCCAGCUGGUUUUCCACCCUGGGCAGAGGUGGCUUGUCUGGUCAGAGGGGCAGUUCUCUGAUUGGCCGCUCCCUAGUGUCAGCGGCGGGCCCUCAGGCAGAGGGUUCCAGAUUGACAGGUGUGUCCUGGUCUCCUCCCUCCCCUUCCCUCCAGGAUGAUCCCACCAUCCACAGCGCGCUGUCCGACGCCCAGGACCCGAACGGUUUGGAGAAGGAGGCAGUCAAUCACAGCAACCAGGUCAUAGUCAGUCAGGUGGAUGGAGUGAGGUGCGGCAUGGGGAGUGACAUCAAGACGGAAACGCUGGAGGACGACUGAAGAGGGCGGUGGAUUUGGUCAGGGUAAUGAACGGAACAGAAUCAGAGGUGUGUGAAUAUGCAAGCAGAUUUUAUAGGAAUGUAAUAAGUGAAAAAAAAAAAAAAAGACCAAAAGUCGUGUAAACUCCAACCCUGAGAUACCUCCCAACCCUACCUCCAACCACCAACCUACUCUGCUACGCUCUUAUAGGUAUUACUAGUAUAUUAUAAUAAUAAUAAUGAUAAUAAUAAUACUGAUAAACUUUUUUUUGUUAUAGUGCUCCCCAGCAGGCUAUGGAAAUGCCUAAUGAAACCAAAUAAAGUGAUAUAAAACAUUAACCAUGAAAUUAUGACCAUGUAAUCAAAGGAACUACAUACAGUCAUGUGUGUUAUUUUCUCUUUGAUUGAUGGUGAUUUGGUUUUAUUAGGCAUUUUAAAUCUUCCAUAGCAGACUGUCUGACAGGACAUGAUGCAUUGUACAGAUUUCUUUGGAAACUGCAUUUUUCACAGCAGGACAACACUGUAUUUGACACUUGGUUCAAAUAGUUUCAGGGUCUUGCACUGUGAUCACAACACAACUGAACAGCCUCAAAAGACAAAUACAUGAAUCUAAAAGUUUAUUUUAACUGAUUGUUUCACAAUUACAGUAUGUAGCGCAUUUCAUUAUGGUUUGUAAUAUUUCAGACUUUUAGCUGUUAACUCCUUCCAUUGAGAAGAACAGCAGAAUAAGCUUAGUUUCACUGAGGUCGGUAAUGUUCCUGUGACCCAGAUAUGAUUUUAAAAAUGUAAAAGAGAGAAACAAGUAUAAGCCACUUCUUUAUCCCCUGCCCUGGUAAAAUAAGUUUAAUAUAUGGAAGCAAAGAAAGGCCAUAUUCAUCUUAAUAUUGUGAGCAACAGAGUGAAAGUGAGUUAAAUUAAAUCACUGAAGUACUGCUGAAAUUGAAAUACUUUUGAAAUAUUUGAAUUUUAAAUUUGAUUUCAUUGAAAUGGAAAAUGAUCUGAAUGUGUGCUGUUGGAUUUCAGUUUUUCAGGGGGAGAAUUUCAAGUUUUCCAAAUGAAAACAUGCAGCCGAGUGGCUUCCUGUUGUUCAGCUGAGGAGGGAUUUCAGUUGCUCUUCUGAAUUUAGUUCUUGGAUCACAGGACCGACUCGUCGUUACGUGAUGGAUCAGAUGGACGAGCUUCACAUAGUAUCCCAAAUGCUAAAAUUAGAACGCUUCAUCUUGAAUUUUUAUUUUAUUUCAACUUUAAAAUGAGCCACUGAUCAAGUUAUUUAUUUUACAACUAUAAAUUACAGGGAAGAGUUUAAACCCAAUAAACUGGAGUUUUUCUCGAUGCAGUAUCUAUACAGAAACAGCAGUAUUUAAAAAUGACAAUAAGCACUGAACAGAGAUCAUAUUUCACAGUCAUAUAUUUAGUUGCUUGUUAGAUCUUGCAUUUGUUUACUUGAGUGGAACAGAACAUCAGUGUAAAAAUACACAAUGUAAACAUGCUGGAUUUAUCUGCAGUCCCUCACCAGGUAACAGUAGCAUUAUAAAUAACAAUAUACAAAUAUACAGAUAUACAGAAUACAUUAUACAACAUGUCCACUUAAAAAUGAAAAGAUUCAAAUCUUUUUCGGCCUCUCUUUGCUUCCAUAUUAAUAACAAUAAUUUAAAACAAAGUUACUCUAUACGUGAACGUCGAAGGAAACUGAAACUUUUGACACAUUUAUAAAAAACUAGAAACCCCAAAUAUCCAGGGGACUGAUGGUUAUUCAUGUGUGCCCACUUCAGAUCAGGCUGAAUGAAUGAAUCACUGUGAGAUGAUCUAUAAUCAAUACAGAUCAGUCAGGUGGGAGGUAUUCAGCAGUGUAACAAACUGUUACUCGAUACUACAGAUUAAAGUAUAACGUGAAUACAUACAUAUGCCACACAUGUAUGUAUGAACACACAUACGUAUAAACAGUAUAUUAUAUAAACCAUGGGGGUAUUUAUAUGUACCUGAUCCACUUCUAUUUACAGUAUAUAGACAUAUUAGCUUCAAAUGAGAUAAACUAUCAGUAUGAAUCCUUCUUGUUGGUGAGAGGUGAGUGAAGCAUUAGCCAAAGUAUUAAGUUUAAAUUUGGUAUAUUUUCUGAGUGUAUAGUAGUCAUGGGUGGGUCUGUGUAUUAGAGAUAUGUUAAUGAACGAUGCAUCAGAUGUGUCAAAAUGCAUCUUUUUUGGGUAUAUCUGUGUUUGUGCUCGAUAUGCCACGUGUUCUAAACACACACUGUCAUGUUCAAAUUGUAUUUUCUUUUUAAAUGACACUUUAUUGGAUCAAUAUCAUGGUGCUUAGAGUCCCUGCUGUUGAAACAUUUCAUUUAUCAGAAUCAUGAGAGACCAAAAAGGGAAAAGAAAGAGAAGAGAAUAUUUGGUAAACCUGAGUUGAGUCAGUAGGAUUCACAGCAGGAAGUGUUUUAUUAAACUAGUCAAAUCAAGAAAUAUGUAUCCCAGUACAGCCAUUGUAGAAGUCCAACUGUUUUCAGCAUAUAUGAUGAUGUCCAUGUCCAUCCCCACAAGGAAUUCCUUAAAGAUUAGUAGUUGUUAAGUCAUAUAUCAUCAUCUUACUGCUCAUCCAGUUGAAAUGUUUUUCCAUUACUGUAAGAAUUUAGGUCGGCAAACAAUUUUAUCCAACAGUUGGAUACGACAUAUUGUCAUCGUGUAAAGCUGUUAAUGGUACCCUUGUUAGCAGGAAGUUGCCUGUUAACACAUCCAUCACUAACAAAGUGCACAAAGCUCACCAUUUAUUUCAAAAUUUAAUUUAAGUCCAACAGUCGGCCUCCUUUUUAGCUGUUUUGGUUCCCACCAACCCCUGAAAAAAAGUACCGGUAGCUCCUCAGCUGCUAAAUGUCCUGCUAUGUUCACUCGCUAGUUGCUAACCCACUUUGUUUGCUGUUUGGUGCAGGUAACGUAGCAUGGUGUAAGUUUAUUGGAGCUGGUCCCAGUCGGAAACAAAGAUGAGUUUGUGGGCUACAAACCAAAACAACUAGCUUAAAGAGGGGAACUACAGAGUUGGAUGAUAAACGUUUGUGUCCCCUUUUACAUCAUGCACAGUAAUUUGAUACAAAUUUGAUAUGAGAAAUAUUAUAAGUGCAGCUUCAAUCAGGUUCUAAUUGAAAAGUCAAUUUAUCAAUACAGAAGUUAGUAUUUAAAGGUGCAGUGUGUAAGAUUUUAGUUCAAAACUUUCAAAAACGAACCGAAGUUAUCCAUGUGUAGAAUAACAGUUAGGAAGUUGACGUCUGUGUUUUUUUCCUAAGCUCUUGUGCGAGCGGUAUAAACACCAACACUCCUCGUCAGAACUGCUAGCUGCACAGUGAAUUUAGCUAACUAGCUUGCGGCAGCUACAGUUGGCAGCAGGUAGCGGUUACUCUGGUGAUAUGCUGCCUUUUUGUUUGUUGUUGUAUGAAUUUACCGAGUGGUCAGUUCUUACAUAUUGCACCUCAGUAUAUAAAUACUAAAUGACACUGGAGUUUGGUGUAUCAGACAUGAGGUGAUACAGCCACUCAGAAAGAUUUCAGAAAUGUUUUCAACAAAUUUAUAUUAUUAUUAUUAUUAUUAUUAUUAUUGUUAUUAUUAUUAUUUUAAGUUGAAGUGCCUUAAUUUUAGCAUCAUUUUAGCAUUAUACUGACAGUCAUCAGUGCAGAAAAAAAGGACUUCCACAAUGGCUGUACACACAUCACUGUAUCAGAGCUAAUGCAAGGAAGCUAAACACAUGGUGUUCUGUGACAGCCAACACUAAAACGGCUUCAUUCUGAUCAGUUCAUCACUGUUCUUCACCAGGUGCUUUACAGGCUAAGCUACUCUUUCAGAGUUAAAAACUCGACACAAAUACCUCACUUUACCCCCCGCAGCUAUAAGCUACACCCCACAGGUUCCUCCGCAGCUGCUUCAAUGUGAAUCAAAGUUUAGGGUAAAAAUAACUGUAGAGCUGAUUUAUUCAGAGGAGACUGACGGCAAACUGUGAUGAGGCUGUAAAGACGGUUCACUGGCUGAUCUGAGAAAUGUCAGUGUCCUUUUGAAAAGGGAAAUUCCUUCUCAAACUCGAGCCAAUAAAUAGUAAGUUUGAAAGUCGAGGGAAAUUCCACUCUGACAAAGAAUUUAGUCCUUCAUAAGCUUCUGCCUCCACCACAGUCCAUGAAAUACUUCUAAAAUAUUUUCUUCCCUCAUCCUGGUGGAACACCAACAUAACUAGUGUUGGUUUCAGAACGAAUCACUGGGAGCAUUACAGUUUUGUGGUGGAAUGUCUCUUUAAUUGUAUGGCAGCAGAGCUGUCCUGGGUGUCUUUGCUUUAAGCGUUUAUAAAACAUUGAGGCAACAUUAGUCAGUUAUGUAGCUUUCUGUAAUCUGUUUGAAUUAUUUACACCAAAAUAUCAUUAAAUACAAACCCACUGAGGGUUAGAAAUGCUUUUUAUUUUAUUUUAAAUCUGCUAAGCAGAAGCCUUUCUAAAGUGAAUCUAUGGAUUCAUUGAAGAUGUCAUGCUUUUGAGAUUAUUUCAGGGUUUUGAAUUGUUUCAGUUGCUGCCUUCAUGGUCUCAUGGACUUCUAAAACUGAUGUGAAAUGAAAAAGUAGUCUAUUAAUGUCAUUUUGAGUCAUUUUGGAGCCACAAAGUCUGAAAGUAAAAAGACUUGAAACAAGAAACAAAAGUGCAGUGUGAGAUUGUUGCGUAAUCUCAUCUUCAACAUUUUAAAGGAGACUAAGUUCAGUAGAUAUCAUGUGAUAUCAGCCACCUGAAUACGCCUUGUUUUUCGAGGCAUUAUUCCCUGACAAAUAAAUGAAAAUGUAAAGAAAUUAUAAAAUAACGUCCCAUGUCUGUCCCUCUCUCUGGAUCAGCACCAGAAGUUAACAGGGUCGGUUCUCCAUCCAAGUUUAGCAGAAAUCUGGUCAGUAGUUUUUCUUGAAUCCUGCUGAACACCAACCAACAGACAUGUGAAAACAAACUCCUUGGUGGAGGUAACAACCACCUCACAGAAUAAAACCAGAUCAACUGAUGACACGACUGCAGUCUCACUGUAUUUGCUGCAGUUUAAUUUAUACAUUUCAUUGCUUGGUCUUGGCCUUUUGUUUCUUGACUACAUUUCAUUUGGCUUUCAGUUUUUUGAACCUAAACUGGCUCUGUACCUUUUUUUUUUUAAUAUACAAAAACCAGUGCCAGAAAGUGUGUAUCAUCAUAUAAUGAAUCAAAGUUAUCAUGAUAAAGAAGCACAGUGAUGCCAGUUUUCCCUUAAAUGUCAUAGAAAGCCUUUCCUCUUCCAGUUCUGUCAGCACUGUGUCAGAUCACCCCUGUGCACUUUGUUCCUGACCGACUGAUGGCAGCAUGUUUUUAUCAUUUCAUUAGUUCAAAUGCAGUUUUACCAUCUGCCUUCAGCGAUCUGUUGCCUUGCUGCUCUGUUUAGUUUGAAAGGAUGAGCUUCCUUCAGCAGCUGAUGCUGCAGAUCAGAUCGUGCUUCACACCUGGAACACCUGCACACUAAACACACAUUUGGCACCGAUCUGCAUCAUGUGUGUCUCUCCCACCAAAUCCAACUGUCAUAUCCUCUGGCAUUACACCUGUCGCUUGACGCAGACAGUACAUUUUUGUGCUGACAGGACUGCUUGGGUGGUGGAUGCUUGUUGAUGAAGGUGUUAGAGGAUGUGGACCUGAUCUGAGCUCUGCUGUGUGAACGAGAGAGAAAGCACAGGGGAUCUGGUGUCAGCGUGGUUUCAUUCUGCUCACGUCGCAGGACUAAAUGCUCCUGUUCAGUCGAUAUGGUGAAUACAUGAGAUGCAGUAUGACAUUUGAAGAGUUAAGAUUCCAAAAUGCUGUUCUUAUUUAGGGGGAAAGAGUCAACAUUCAACAUAAAAUGUAGAUGUUCCAUUCGUGAGAUUCUCCUUUUGAUCAGCCGAUGACUGUAAAUACUAAAAAAAAUGAACGUAUGGUUGAAACAUUUGACCAGUCAUGUAAAAAAAAAAAUUUCUUUUUUAAAACUUGUGAGUGGUAACCAUUUCAUUUUGGCAAUAAACUCUUCAAUAAU